AUGGAGACAAAUGAUGAAUUAGAUAUUGAUAAACUUGUUCAAUAUGAACUUGAUGCACUUAUACUUGAUGAUUCAAUUGAUGAUGUUAUUGAUGAUAAUCCAAUUGAUACAAACGAAAUAGAAGAUGAACAAAUAAUAAAUGAAACAAGACGAAAUUUAGAACGUGAAAUGCAUGAAAGAUUAGCAGCAUUUGAAAAUGAAGUUAAAGUUAAUCUUAAACGAUAUGAAAUUGAUUAUUCAGAAAUAGAUGAAUUAUUACAAAAACCAAUUGGUCAAUAUGAAAAUGAUAUUGAAACAAAUGUUGCACGAGAAUGUGGAAUCGAGCGAGAAGAAGUAGAACGAAUUUUACAUAGUAUCAAUGCUGAAGACCCACCAUUAGAUUCAAUAAUUGAUUCAGAUUCAACAGAAUAUGAAGAUCCAAAAAUUGAAAUAAUAAAACAGAAUAUACCAAUCAUUGAUACUGAUAAAUCAGUCGAAUUGACACCUCGAAAAGAAGAAGAAGACCCGAAUAAAAAAAUAUAUGAUGAACGUCUUGCUGAGUCUCAUCGUCGUAUGUUUGAUGAAUUAGCAUUACUUGAACAACGACGAAAAGAAGAAGAAGAACGUUAUGCUAUUGUACUUCAAGAGCAACAAGCAUGCCUAGCUGAAGAAUAUCGUCGUUUACAAGACACCUUAGAUGAAAGUGCACGUCAGACUUUUAAUGAAAAACUGCAAUUUGAAACCUUAUGUCGUGAACAAGAACGUUUAACCCAUGAACGACACAACAAAAUGGCAACUAUUAUUCAAGCAUGGUAUCGAGGAAAACGUAUUUAUCGUCAAUAUCAUGGAGAAAUAAUAAAGCGUGUAGCGCCAAUAUUAAGAACAAUCGCUAAAAGACGUAAGAAAAAAGAGCAAGAAGUUUUAGCUAAUGCUGCUAAGUUAGCAAAAAUUCAAGAAGUAAAUAUGAUUGAAAAAGAAAAUGAUCAUAAAAUAGAAACAACUUCAAUACCAUUACCAACAAGCGAUCGUAUAUCAUCUCCAUUACCAGAAGCUGCUAAUAAAAAAUUAAAUCAACCACAGAAAACUGUACCAUUAACAGAAACAAAAGAAAUAGUUCCAUCAAAAGAAAAUUUAGUUAAAAAGAAGAAAAUUCAACAAAAAUCACAAACUGUAUCAAAACAAAGUUCAAGCUCGUCAUUACCAACAACUGAAAUUGUUCAACUUGAAAAUCCAAUUGAUUUUAUUCCAACCAUUAUUCCAGAACAAAGAACUAUUUCAUCACCUCGUAAAAUUCAUGCAGAAAAUAAUAAUAAUGCAAGUGAUAUUCAUCAAAUAUCUUCAUCGAUUCAAACAAAAGAACAACGACCAAAAUCAUCAAAUAAACGUCAACAUUCAGCUAGAACUGAACGAACACAAAUUUCAAUUACUACGAAUGACUUACCUCCAACAAAUAAAAAUAUUUUCACUACUGAACAAUUCAAUAUGACUCCAAUCGAAUCUAAUAGUUCCUCAAUGUCAAUAACACGAUCGAAUACAUUUGAAAAAAAUCCUGGAAGUCCAAGACCAUCAAUUGAAAAUAUUCACAUUCAGGCAAAAUCAAUAAAUCGAUCUGAUACAUUUCACAAAGAAACCGAAAACUUUUCACCAACACCAAUUGAAAGUACUUCAGUGAUUAAAUCAAUAGAUACAGUUCCAUCACCAUCUAUAAAUCGAUCGGAUACAUUUCACAAAGAAAUAGAAAGUUUUGCACUAUUACCAAUCGAAAGAACUUCAGUCGUUCAAUCAAUAGAUACAGUUCCAUCGUCAUCCAUAAAUCGAUCGGAUACAUUUGUUAAUAAAUUCGAAAAAUCUCCAUCACCACCAAUCGAAACAACUCCACAACAUCAAUCUAAUACAUGUAAUAAUAAUUCUCAAAGUAUUUCAUCAACAAAUGAACGAAUAUCAGUUAGAAAAUCUCUAGAUACAUUACCUAUAGAUCAUUCAUUGAUAUUAAAACAAUCUGAAAUAAUCUCAGUCAAACCUGAUAUUCCUUCAACACCAAGAAUAUCAACUCCUCGUAAAACAUCCAAAGAAGAACAACAUUCAACUAAAAUAACAAAUACAUUUUUAAACGAAGCUCGUCGUUGGGCUCAACAUACUCGUGAAAUAACUUAUUCUAAUCUAAUUGUUUCGAAUGAAGAAACAAAUCAACAAAUACCAACACGUAAAACAGGUAUUACACUUCGAAAAUUACCUGAUAUUGAUUCUCAAAUACUAAUAAAAGCAGUUAAAAAUCAAUCUUCAAAAGAGAUUCAUUAUUUACUUCUUGAACAAAUUCUCACACCAUGUUCAUUAUCUUUAAUUGGUACAAUGUAUUCAAAUUUAACUCAUCUUAUUCUUCGUCAAUGUAAGCUUGUUCAACUUAUUGGUCUUGAUUCAUGUACAUUACUUACUGUUCUUGACAUAGAAGGUAAUUGGCUUGAACAAAUACAUAUUCAAUUAAAUCAUUUAGAAUAUUUAAAUAUGUCACGAAAUCGUAUAACAUCAUUACUUUCAAUAAAUACUCCAUGUUUAAAAUAUCUUGAUGUAUCAAAAAAUCGUUUAACACGUUUAAAUGGACUUGAAACAUUAUCGAAUUUAAAUAUUCUUCGUGCAACAAGUAAUCAAUUAUUAACAACAAUUGGUUUACAAGGUUGUACAAAUUUAUUAUAUAUUGAUGUGUCGGAUAAUCAUCUUGUUGAAAUGGAACAAGUUGAUCAAUGUCCAUUAUUAAUAACAAUAAAAGCUAAUUCAAAUGCACUUAUACAAAUACCAAAUUUAUAUAAUACUAUUUUAUUAAAUGAACUUGAUCUUUCAUCUAAUAGUUUAACAUCAUUUGAUGAAUUAUCUAUUGGAUCAUGGUUACCAUAUUUAACACAUUUACGUUUAUCAAAUAAUAAUUUACAAGAAUUAUCAUCUAUUAAAUUACCAUCAUUAAUUGAAAUUGAUUUAGCAUUUAAUCAAUUAUCUGAUGUAUCAAUGUUAAAACGGUUUCUAAAAACAUGUCCAUCAUUAUGUCGAAUUAAUUUAGAACAAAAUCCAGUUCUAUGCGAUAUAAAAGAUUCAUCUUUAAUUGAAGAAAAAUCUUCUAGAAAUCCAAUAUCAAUUUUACCCCAAUCAUUAAAUGAAAAAUCAUCACAAUCAAUUCAAUUAUAUUUAAAUUUUCUUUCAAAUAUAACUUCAAUGUUUAUUAAACUUCGUCAAACAAUUGAACAAUAUCAAAUUGAACCAAUUCAUUUAAUAAACUCAAUUCAUAAUCGAUGUCAACAAUAUUAUGAACAAAAAAUCAUAGAACCUAUUGAAAUUUCUGAACCAAUUCUUCCGGUUACUAAUGAUAUUAAAAAUAUAUCAGUAGAAGAACAAUCUAUUAUUCGAUUACAAGCUCAUUGGCGUCGUCGAUUAAUUGAACGAAAUUUAUCACUAAAAUGGCGAGCAGCUCAAAAGAUACAAGCUCAUUGGCGUGGUUAUGCAGUACGACAACGUAUGCGUUCAGUUCGACAUUUAUUUAGUCAACAACAACCACAAACAUUUGAUGAAAUUGAUUUAACUCAAUUUGAUUUUGAUGAAGCAGCUUUUGAUGCACGUUUUCAACGACCACGUACACCAUCUGCUCGUGUUCGGCAAGUUUGGCAACCUCAACCUCAAAUCUUUUCAAAAACUACGACUAUAACAGAAUUACUUCGUCCAAAUUCAUCACGUUCAUCAUCAGCAGCUUCAUCACGUGCUAAACCAUUAAUAGAACCAUUAUCUAUACAAGCUCGAACUGAUCUUAUUACAAAUGAAUGGGGUUUUGCACCAUCAAGUUCAACAGCAGCAUUAAUGUUAAAACGUGCUGAAAAAAUGAAAUGGAAUGCCGAACGAAAACAUAAACGAGAACAUUUGGAUGCUUAUCAACGUUUACAAAAAGCACGUCAAAAUGAACAACCACCUGGUUCAUUAAGAUUGGCUCGACGUCAACCAACAUUAACCAAUACUACUACCAAACCGAUUGUACAGACAAAAACUUUAUCUCCUCCUUCUACCGGUCAAUCUCGUUCAAAUCGUGUUUUUCAAUGGGUACAUACUCAAGUUGCACGAUUCGAUGAUUCUUCAUUGGAAAAUAUUCAUACUCCAAGAAAUGAACCUAAACGUUUACCAAGUCUUGAUGGUUCAACUGAUUCAAUGAAUCGAAUGCGUUCAAAUGAAACUUUACAACAGCAACAACAACAACAGCGAUGGUCUUCUUCAACAGUGUCUGUUCGUCAACCACUACCAUUAUUACCACCUAUUAGUGGACAUUUACCACACCUUUAG